GAAUACAUUUGUGCGCUCAGCAUCAAUAACUUCUAUGGGUAAGAUUAGUUCCUCUUCAGCGACUUUUACGCCAACUACAAACAACAUUGUUUCAUCAAUUACGGGUGGUAAGCCAACAGUACAGGUGCAUCCAAUGCCAUCAACCCUUCCAGCCAAUAAUAUGAUUGCUACUGCACUAACAUCAUCAACAAGCGCUAAUACUAACACUGAUAUUACAUCGGAAAAAAUACGCGAAAAACCGGUGGUACCAAAGAAACCAGCGAAGUUAAUCCUGUUCAAUGCAUCUCCAUCUGUCGAAGCUGCUUCAUUAACUCCACUUCGUGCGAGCACAUCAAGUUUGAACCUUUUUUCACCGUCAGCACAGUCAUCACCAUCAACUAGCAAUAGUUUCCGUUUAUUUUCAACCCCAUCAUUUAUUUCUCUUCAUACUGCCCUGAUGCAAUCCAGUUUGACAGAUGAAGAAAUUGAACAACUCGAAGCGAAACGUAAGAAGCUGAUCGAAUCAAUUUCUCGCAAAAUUGUAAUAUUGGAUGAGGAACGAAAUGCGAUUGAUGAGGAUUUUAAUCUAAAUGAAGCCCUGAAAAACGAAGUAUUCAAUGACUUAACGCAAACUGGUGAUUUAGCUAUUUUGGAAAAAAUUGAAAACAACCUCGCGCAAAAUUCACAGUUGUGCAGACUUGAAACAAGAUUACGGAUGCAGUUGGAUCGCUUACAUUCAAUUUCAAUGAGUAAUGAAAAUGUCGACAAAGAGCUUGUUAAUGCUCGCACUGAGCGUUUGAAACGACAACUAAAUGACCAGACAAUACUGAGAAAAGCUUUCGAUAGGCGUGAUGCUGAAGUUGACAAAUAUAUCCUUUCAAGGUUGAACGAUGAACGAAGAGUACAGUGGAGGAUUUACAAGGAAACAUGGAAACGUUUAACAACCGAACGACAAGAAAUUGACGAGCGACUCUUUCUUGGGCGUGAACAAAUCAGUGCCUUACGAAGUGUGCAGCCAUAUACCUAG